AUGUAUGGUUUUGUAUGGAAUCAUGAAGUUAGAAGACUCUUCUCUCAAAGAGCAAUGAGAGUGGUAUGGGUAGUGGCCAUGAUUGGAGGUCUAGGAGCUUUUGUUAGCUUUGUGGAUCCUGAUCAUCAUCUUCAUCAGCCUCAUCGGAUCCUGGUUGAUACAGAUGUUGAUACCGAUGAUGUUUUUGCUCUCUUUUAUCUCUUGAAGCAAGACAGGACUCAAUUCCAUUUGCAGGGAAUUACUAUCAAUGCAAAUGGAUGGAGUGAUGCUGGCCAUGCCAUCAAUCAUGUAUACGAUAUUCUGUUUAUGAUGGAUCGUGAUGAUAUUCCUGUGGGAGUAGGAGGUGAAGGUGGCAUUUUAGCCAAUGGUACUAUCCUUCCCAAUGUUGGUGGAUAUCAACCCAUAAUUGACCAGGAAAUGUCAACUGCUGGGGAAUGUAGAUAUAGACAAGCAAUACCUGUGGCACGAAGAGGGCGUCUUGAUGUCAACUCUAACUAUGGCCUCAGAAAAGCUUUCCUUCCACAGGGUAGCAGGAGGUACACUCCUCUCCAGCAACCUACAGCACAAGAAGUGAUGAAAGAUGCAAUUUCUUCAGGUCCUACAACUGUCUUUCUUUUGGGUGCACAUACAAACUUUGCCAUCUUCCUCAUGAGCAAUCCUGACUUGAAGAAAAAUGUUAAACACAUUUAUGUCAUGGGGGGUUCUGUUAGAUCAAACUGUCCAAAGAAUGACAGCUCUGAUAAUUCAGGGGAGUGUCCUAAUAUUGGUAACCUCUAUCCCCAAGACAGCAACCCAUACGCUGAGUUCAAUAUAUUUUCAGAUCCUUUUGCUGCCUACAAGGUGUUCCAUUCUGGUAUCCCAGUCACACUCGUUCCUCUGGAUGCAACAAAUACCAUCCCUUUAAGUAGGAGUUUCUUCACGGAGUUUGAAAGGAGACAGGAUACAUAUGAGGCAAAAUACUGCUUCCAAGCUUUAAAAAUUAUUCGCGAUACCUGGUUAAGUGAUGUAUUCCAUGAGCAAUAUUGUAUGUGGGACUCUUUUCUGGUUGGUGUAGCAUUAUCUAUAAUGCGAAACUCUAGCAAUGGAGAAAAUGAGUUCGCUGAGAUGCAAUAUAUAAAUAUCUCAGUGGUUACCUCUAAUGAACCUUAUGGAAUAUCAGAUGGCUCCAAUCCGCUCAUUACAGGGAAUUCAAUGCCAAAGUUUAAAGUAGACAAGAAUGGGGUGCAUAGUGGCCAUGUUCAAAUGGGAAUGCAAGAUCGUUUUUGCCUUCAGAAAGGAAAAGGGAAAUGUCAGGAUGGUUACACAAAAGAAGAUACUGGAGAGGAUGCGGUACGUGUUCUUGCUGCAAUGAAAGCUAAAUCAAACCAUGAAAAUGGGAGCUCACUUCAGAAAGAAUUUUAUAAAAGCUUUCUCCGAGUUAUAAACAGCCCUGAGAAAACUGGAAGGUUUGAUAUCAGAAAACAAUAUCUUUUCCACAGGGAGGUUCUUCAUAAACCAGAUUUUGGAAAGAAGAUGAGUGGAAAACCAGUUGUUUUUGACAUGGAUAUGAGUGCAGGGGACUUUCUAGCUCUUCUAUAUCUCCUCAAAUUGCCUGUGGAACAAAUCAACCUCAAGGGAAUACUAAUCUGCUCAACUGGCUGGGCAACUUCUGCAACAAUAGAUGUUGUAUAUGAUAUACUACAUAUGAUGGGCCGCGAUGACAUUCCAGUUGGUCUUGGUAAAGCAUUUGCAGUUGGGCAAGCCAAUCCAGCUUUCUCUGCUAUUGGAGACUGCAAGUACUCGAAAGCUAUCCCUCAUGGUAGUGGUGGUUACUUGGACUCCGACACAUUAUAUGGACUUGCUCGUGACUUACCUCGAAGUCCAAGAAGAUACACAGCAGAAAACUCUGUCAAGUUUGGAGCUUCUAGAGAUACCGAUCAUCCUGAACUUAGGCAACCGUCAGCGCUAGAUGUUUGGAAGUCUAUAGUGGACUCUUUGGAUGCAGGAUCAAAGAUCACUUUGUUAAUGAAUGGACCUUUGACAAACUUAGCAGAGAUCAUUUUGUCAGAGAAUGCAAGCUCAAUGAUUCAGGUAAACAAUGUCAAAAUGCCUAGACCAAAUGAUGACACUGUCUACUUAUGUCUUCUGAUGCAGGGAGUAUACAUUGUUGGAGGACACAUAGCCUAUGUCAAUGACAAUGGGAAAGGAAAUCUUUUCACUGUUCCCUCCAAUGAAUAUGCAGAAUUUAACAUGUUUCUUGAUCCUUUAGCUGCAAAGGAAGUUUUUACUUCAUCUCUGGACAUCACGCUUGUUCCACUGCAAAUGCAAAGAAGAGUUAGUUCCUUCAGCUCAAUUCUUAACAGGAUGAAUCUCACAGCUCUGACACCUGAAGCUUUGUUUGUCCAACGUCUACUCUCAAGACUUUGGCAAUUAGAACAGGAACAUUAUAGAUAUCAUCACAUGGAUAUAUUUUUGGGAGAGAUCCUUGGAGCAGUAGUCUUGGCUGCAAAUCCACACUUGAACCAGACAUUUAGGUUGAAGCCUCUUAAGGUCUUGGCAGAUGGAGACAUAACAAAUAUAGGAGAGAUUAUUAUUGAUAAAGAACAAGGGAAGCAAGUGCUUGUUUUGGAAAAUGUUAAUCCACAGGCAUACUAUGAUCAUUUUGCAAGGGUCUUAGGUGAUCACAGGCAGUCCGCUGUGCUAGGAAGCUUUCAUGAGCAGGAAAGAAUGUGGAAUUCACCAGCAGCAAAGACAAACAUCUGCUGCCUUCACCUUGAUGAGUUGAUUCAGACAGACCAGUAUAUGGAAAAACAUCUGAUUGUCAACUUGGCUGACCUUGUCUAG